GCAGGUCACUUUAAUCUCUUUAGCUUUAAACUGUCCAACUCGCAACUCGCGUUUCUCUAUAAGGGAUCUUUACCACUUCCCUGCCUAUGCGGCCGGAGCGCCGUGCCUCUCCCCAGCAGACAACCGCCUUCCAGGCAGUGCCCAGACUGCUUCCGACACCCUUAAAAUAAUACUGCAGCCCGGCGCCCCUGCCAUGGAUUCCUUUAAAGGUGGAAUGAAUUUGGAGAGACUGCCCGAGAGCUUGAGACCCCAACCCUCCCAUGACAUGGCUUCCAGCUUCCAUUUGCAAAGAUCCUCGGAACCCAGAGACCCGAUCGACAACUCAGCCAGUGAAUCCUCCGACACGGAGGUGCCAGAAAAGGAGCGCAGCGGCGAGCAGAAAAACGAGGACGGGGCCGCCGACGACCCGGCGAAGAAGAAGAAGCAGCGGCGGCAGCGGACCCACUUCACCAGCCAGCAGCUGCAGGAGCUGGAGGCCACCUUCCAGCGGAACCGCUACCCCGACAUGAGCAUGCGGGAGGAGAUCGCCGUCUGGACCAACCUCACCGAGCCCCGAGUGCGGGUCUGGUUCAAGAACCGCCGAGCCAAGUGGAGAAAGCGGGAGCGGAACCAGCAGAUGGACCUGUGCAAGAACGGCUACGUGCCGCAGUUCAGCGGGCUGAUGCAGCCCUACGACGACAUGUACGCCGGGUACCCCUACAACAACUGGGCCACCAAGAGCCUCACCCCGGCGCCGCUCUCCACCAAGAGCUUCACCUUCUUCAACUCCAUGAGCCCCCUGUCCUCGCAGUCCAUGUUCUCGGCGCCCAGCAGCAUCCCCUCCAUGAACAUGCCCUCCAGUAUGGGCCACUCGGCCGUGCCGGGCAUGGCCAACUCCGGCCUCAACAACAUCAACAACAUCAGCGGCUCCUCGCUCAACUCGGCCAUGUCCUCGCCGGCCUGUCCCUACGGGCCACCGGGCUCGCCCUACAGCGUCUACCGGGACACUUGCAACUCCAGCUUAGCCAGCCUCAGACUGAAAUCAAAGCAGCACUCCAGUUUCGGCUACAGCAGUUUGCAAAGCCCCGGCUCUAGUCUAAACGCCUGUCAGUACAACAGUUGACGGACUUGACACAAACCACCUCCGAGAAAGCACCGCCGACAAAGCAAAGCAGAAGCAAAGCGACGUUUAACGGAAAAGACAAAAAAAAUAUAAUUAAACACGGUUAUGACUAAAAGCAAACCCCAAGCAAGUGAGAGAGGAAAAAAAAUAAAGCGCCACCCCCAAAAUAACCCCCAAACCCAAAAACAAAAGACCCAAAAGCUCCGCGGACUUCGACCGUCUAGAAAAAAAAUUAAUUAUUGCAAACUAAUGAUGCAACCAACAAAACAGCGCUUUAAAAAUGUACAAAAUUAAAAAUAAUAAUAAUAAUAAUAACCCCCUCGAAAACCGUAAACGGACCAGAAAACUUUUGCAAGAGACACCGAAAUCUGGUACAUGGAUGAGUUGCAAUUUUUUUUCUCUGGAUUAUGCGGGUUGUAUGUGUUUACUUGAACUUGCACAGGAGUCGGUAAGGCGGCCGCUGCCCCGCGGGGAGGGCGGCAGGAGGGGACGCCUCGGUGGUAAGAGCUGGUGGGACGGUUCUUGGCCGCUUGUCGCACGGGAAGAGUUUGGUUAAUGUUUACCACUGAGAAACAGAAUCACACUCGGAAAAAAAAAAAAAAAAAAAAAAAAAAAGACCAAAAAAAGAAAAGGUUGGGGGGGGGGGGAGAGGGGAGGAAAAAAGUAUAAAUCGCAGAGUGCAAUCUGCGGGGGAAAAAAUGGUUAAAAUAUUAGGUAUGAAACUAUUAAAAAUAAUAAUGACAAGGGUCAACCACUUAUAUAAGGUUAUAUUUAUAUCUACAGUUGCAUUGUGCCGGAUCAUUGUCCUUGGCCGUUGAAUAAACCGUUUUUAAAAUGCA